CCAUAGUCUGGAGUUCAUCAGGGUUGAAACCCUCCAAGUUUUGCAACCCCACAAAGAGGGGGAGCUUGCAAAUCACAAGACUAUUAUUUGUUAGAUUAAUUAAAGCUGAUGAAUUUUAACAUGUUUUGUGAUUUGGGUGUAGAUUAAUUAUAUGAAGGAGGCAUCAAAAGUAACAGGUUGAAACAAACCGACAAGCCACGUCUCUAGAAUUUCUUUAAUGGUAUGGUUAGACAAAAUCUUCACUCUGACACACCAAGAUGAGAACGUGUACCCAUUCACAAUAGGAAUCAUUCAAUCGCGUCAGAAAAUGGACAAUCAGUCUCUCUGAAGCUCUCCCUUUUUCCAUCUAUAAAUGCGGGUUACUCCCACUGCACUCACUCAUCCAUCCCUUGAGCAAACAAUCUUCUUGUGAGUUUUUUUCAGUCUUCGUUCCCCCAACAAAAUGGCAUACUCCAAGGUUUUUCUCCUUCUUGGCCUUCUGUGUUCUGUCGUUCUUGUCCUCUCCUCUGAGGUGUCAGCCAGAGAGCUAGCUGAGGCUGCUCAAACCCAAGGGAGUGUGGAAGAAGCUAAACACUGGGGACAUGGACACGGGCAUGGACACUGGGGACAUGGACAUGGGCAUGGUCAUGGCCACAGGCAUGGACACCAUGGCAAACCCGGACAUGGUGGUGCUGCUGAGACAGAGGAAAAUGAAAGUGAAGCAGGCGAGAAUUAGGCAGAAGCACUUCUAGCUGCUGUAUGUGCACGCAUACACCGUGCAAAUAAGGUUGUGUAAUUUACGUAAGUUAGUGUGUCAAUAAGGCAUGUGUGAUCAGUGGUUGCCACUAGAGUCCCUAAGUAAGAUGGAUGCAUGGGUUUGCCAAAAAUAUUAAAGAAUCAUUAUGUUAGUUUAUUAGCCUGAAAUGAGAACUUUCUCAGGGCUCCUUUGCAUCUGUUUUUGGCUUUUAAUACCAAGAAAAAAGUUAAUGAAGCAGAAAGAAUAUGGAAAUUCAACUUAACCAA